ACGAAGAAGAAGAACGACGCAGCUGUUUUCUGCACGCUGUCUGAGAGUCGACUUGUUUUAAAAAAAACAAACAAAAAACAUUUUGUUGUUGGAAUAAAAAGUCUACUUAUUAAAGAUGUCCGGGGAGCUGCGGGCGGAAUUGGAGAAACAUUUGAAGGCUUUAAACAUCCAGACGAGCUGCGUGGAUCAUCCGCCGGUUUUCACGGUGGAGGAAAUGAUGCCGCACCUCCGGGGCGUGAGCGGCGCCGUCACCAAGAACCUCUUCCUCAAAGACAAGAAGAAGAAAAGUUGGUGGUUGGUGUCCGUGCGUCACGACCGGCGGGUGAACCUGAACGAGCUGGCCAAGAAGCUGUCGGUGGGCAGCGGGAACCUUCGCUUUGCGGACGAGGCCGCCAUGUCGGACAAACUCAAGGUGGGGCAGGGAUGCGCCACGGCUCUGGCUCUGCUCUUCGACGAGGACCGCAGCGUCACCUUAGUCCUGGACCGAGACCUGCUGGAAGGAGGGCACCCUAUGGUCUACUUCCACCCCAUGACCAACGCCGCCACCGUGGGGAUGAGGCCCGAAGACCUGCUGCGCUUCCUCGAGCACACCGGACACCGACCCGUCCUGGAGGACUUCGAGUAGACCGGGACAACUGGGACGAGGGGAGGAGGGAGCCGACGGCGCGAAACAAGAUGGCGGCAGCGGCGCUUCAAUGAGACUUUGAAGCAGGGACGGGCCGCGCGUUUGGGACUUUCGCUUAGCCGUCUUCACGUUUUCAAAGCAGGCUUCUCCCGAUUGCCUCCUAACAGCAGAUAAAUACAAUGAAUUUGCUUGUUUUAGUGAAAAAAAUACAAUCCAUCAGGUUAAAUAUUAGCGCAAAUCAGCAAAAUGGUAACUUGAUACUACAUGUGAAGCCACCCGGGAAAAACUCUGUUACCGUGUCAGGAUUUCAUACAAUUGAGCAAAAAACGGUUCAGCGGCCGAAAGCAUCAACGAGCUGUCUUGACUCAAUACCGUCCGACGUUUUCAAAGCUAUUGCGAAGUCUGCGCUAGCUGAUUUGCAGCCAAGAAUCAAUUGCUCACGUCAGUCGGGCGAGGUUCCUAAAGCUCUUCAAGUAGCUGCCAUUAAGCCUCUGCUAAAAAAAAGACAACGUCGGACGCUUCCAUGUUAGCAAAGUAUAGGCCCAUCUCAAAUCUCCCUUUCACAGCCAAGAUUGUUGAGGAAGUUAUUUUCAAUCAACUCAGAAAUUUCAAUCAGGGUUUCGAACUCAUCACAGUACAGAAUCUGCUCGGAUCAAAGUGCUAAAUGAUAUAAGGUUGAAGACGGACUCGGGAACGGUGUCGAUUCCGGUCUCGUUGGACCUCAGUGCGGCUUUUGACACGGUGGACCAUAAUAUACUGCUGAACAGGUUGGAAACGUGGGUAGGACUGAAUGGAACGGUCCUUAAAUGGUUCAGGUCCUACCUGGAGGAAAGGAGUUAUUUUGUAACCAUUGGAAGUGUUCAAUCUCAUCGAAUGGCAAUGACCUAUGGCGUCCCUCAAGGGUCAGUUCUUGGACCCCCUCCUGUUCAGCCUGUAUACGCUACCCUUGGGGCAAAUUCUUCAGAACUUUCAUUUUGACUAUCAUAGCUAUGCAGAUGACACACAAGUUAUAUCUAGCAGUGUCUCCAGAUGACUACAGUUCAAUUGAGGUGUUGUGUCACUGUCUACAUCUGGAGGAGCCAAAAUUAAACCACAACAAAACUGAGAUCAUUGUUUUUGGCAAUAAAGAAAAGAGGAUUGCUGUUAGUAAAGACCUGGAGUCACUCUUUUUAAAAACCUAAGACCAAGCCCGAAACCUUGGCGUCUGAUAGAUUCCGACCUGACUGUCAACAGUCAUAUCAAAUCGAUUACUAAAACUGUAAGAACAUAUCCGGAGUGAAUGCUUACAUGUGUCAAGCAGACCAGGAGAAGCUCAUCCAUGCUUUUAUCUCAAGUAGACUUGACUAUUGUAAUGGUCUUCUAACUGGAUUCCCUAAAAAGAGCAUUAAACAGCUGCAGCGCAUUCAGAAUGCUGCACCUCGGGUUCUGACCAGAACAAAGCGGUCCGAGCAUAGAACUCCAAUUCUCAAGUCUGUACACUGGCUUCCAGUCAGCUUGAGAAUAGAUUUUUAAAGUUCUGCCACUGGUCUAUAAAUCACUCAACGGUUUAAAUCCUGAAUACAUGAAUGAAAUGCUAAUGGAAUAUAAAGCCAGGAGGGCUCUGAGAUCGACAGACUCGGGUCAAAUAGCGGAGCGCAGAGUCCCACGCAAAUAUGCUUGGGAAGAUUCUCAUUAUCUCUCAUACACACACACACACACACGCACACUAUACUAUUCUCAUUCAUCCGGCUCAUUUAAUUCUCCGGACAUCGAAUCGAUCACAACCGGACGGUUCUGCUUAUCCGGUUGCAUUUAGGGAACUUCUGUAAAAAUGAAAACUGACUAGAAAACUGUAACAUUUGAUCUUUUUUUUUUAAACCAGAUAUAAAUCUGACCGUAAACGUUAUUAUAAUGCAUUUUUAAUUGUCAUCGCUUCUCCCCAGAAUUUGUGCAACCAUGCGACUCUUUGACGUGUAUUUCCAAAUGAUCUCUUUUCAGAAUCCGAAUCAGAAUCAUCUUUAUUUGCCAAGUAUGUCAUGGAAUUUCAUGGAAUAAAUGAUUGC